GCUCGAAGGCAGGCGGUCACGGUUAUUCAGGAUGGACGAGCAGGACAGACUAAGCCAAGCAUCCAGCGUGGCCACCAUCUCCUACUUCCCUGUCAUAAGGGAGAGCGAUGGAAAGGUGCAAGCAUUUGGGAAAAGAUGCCAGUCGGCCAAAAGAGACCCCAACUGUCUUGUGGUCAUCAGAGGAUGGCUCAAUAAAAAAGACAGCACUGGUUUGAAAUUAUGGAAGAGAAGAUGGUUUGUCCUCUCCAACUACUGCUUGUUCUAUUAUAAAGACAGCAGAGAAGAAUCGGUGUUGGGCAGCAUUCCGCUCCCGAGUUACAAAAUCCUAUUUUGCACGCCGCGAGAAUGCAAAAACAGGAAGUUCACGUUCAAGGUGGUGCACCAGGGAAUGCGCUCUUAUUAUUUCAGCGCAGACACUCAGGAGGACAUGUUGGGUUGGGUCCGGGCCCUCAGUCAAUCUGCUUGCAUGGAGACGGACAGUUCUAUGAGCAGACGCUGCUCAAGUUACCAAGAUUUCACUCAGAUGGGUGGCAGCAGUGAAUCAAUGGACCUCCAAAAAUCUCCCUCAGAUGAAGAAGGCUUGUCCCAAAAUCCCAGACAUGUCAGCAGAACUCUGAGUGAACCGAGCCAGCUCAGCGGCGGGAGGAUUGGGACGUCCAGUGCAGAGCAGAGGGGAAGGAGGAGCGUACAUCAGAGGAACAGAAGCCCUUCAGCCAGAACUCCGAGCCCUUGGCGUCCAAACCGCGAGGGGGAUUCCCUUCCCUUCGGCGCGGACCACAUGGACGCACCGACGCAAGCGCAAAUCCUGGCAGGUUCCUCGGCCUCCAGAGGUCAGCUGGGGUCACGCCCUCACACGCCGGUGGGAAGGGUUGACAUUCGACCCCAGGAUGACUCCGUCAUGGUGCCGGACACGCUGCACUACACACCUGUCUCGCCUAAAACCGAGUCCAAGUCCAAUCCCGGCACUCCACUCCCAGAGAGGUGGCAGAAUGUAAACAAGCCUUCACCGACAUAUGGAUCCGUGCAUCAUGUUGGGCGAAGACCUCUGGGAAAGAGCUACUCUGCUGGGGCCCACACAGACUCAUUGCCCCCUUUACCCCCCUCAUCCAGAGCUGGACAUGCACAGCACCCGCCUAACCAUCACUUCCCUAACCGCAGUGUCCCCACAGUGCAUGUGCCUUCAAAGUCUGAAUCGACACCAGCAAUCAGGCCCAUUGAAAGUGAUGUUGAUGCUGUGCUCACGAGGUUGUGCGGCUGCGACAAGCUCCUGCAGUCUUUGUCCGUAGAACUGUCUCAUCUACAAAUGGAUAAGGACAGCGUGCAAUGUGCUUUGGAGGUGUUGAGGCUGCAGCUGGAGGACUGGGGUAGCCAGGGACUACGAGCCCAGGAGGAGGCCAUGACCCAGAAGGCCUUGCUGCAAGAAGAGCUGGUCACAACCCGGGCCAGAAUGUGCGACGUGUCGUUGGAAAUGGAGCGAGUGUGGAGUCAGUAUGAGAGAAUGGAAAGUGAACUUUCUGUUUUUCGCUCACACAUGCAGCACAUUUGCAACUUUGGGAUGCCGCAGGAGCAGUCCCAAGCCCAGAGAGAGUUAUGGAUGAUGGAGGACAUCCUCGCCGGAUUAAAGGUCAACAGGGAUCACUUCCGCUUCCUCCUGGGACUACAGAGACACCACAUGUUCGAGUCCUCAGGGCCUCAUCCUGGAUCUCCUGGUUCUCCCAAAGAGAUGCCACAUGGCCUGCCGUUAAACGUGGAAGAAGAACCACCCCUCCGUCCCCCUUUACCACAGGAGCUACAGCAACGCAUCCAGAGCAGGAACCAGGACCCAGGCUGGACAGAGUCACCUUAUGAGGGGAUCUACUUGCUCGCUGAUCACAUGAAAAGAAGAGACAAACGCCAACCUGACCUCCUUAAUGCAAAAGCACACAAGGACGCAUCUGCAUCUCAGUCGAGUGCUAAAUGGAUCACAGCAGACACAACAGCCCAGUCAACCAAGAAGAUGAAGAUGAGCGAGGAGGAGCAGAUGGAGAGGAUGAGGAGGAACCAGGAGAGGAUGACUAAUAGGAAGAAACCUCCUAUACCAUCAGCAGCUGCAAAGGGUCAAAGUUUGGAAACACAAGAGGCCCCUUUUCCUUUAAGGGUGACACGAGUCGUCGCCGCCGUGCUGCCGUCCUCCCUUGUGGCUCGGCGGGUUUCCGUGGAGGAUCCCCCGCCCGAGCUCGACACCCCGCUGCCUGAGCAGGUCUCACCUGAAGUCCAGGACCAAAAACACAAACCAUCCGUCAGGCGUCUUGUGAUGGAGCCUGCUGCUUCUAAAGAGGCGUCAAGGAUGCACGGCUGUGACAAAAGUACUAGCACUGAAAUCAAGGCGGACGAACGGGCCUCUGUCCUGCUGACCUCUGACAUUGAACCGGAUCCCUGUAAGAGCCCCGAGCAGCGCGAGGCCAAACUCAGGCGUGUGGAACGAAUACGGCAGCGAGUCAUGCAAAGUGCAGUCAGAGAGAGUGCCACAUCACCAAUCAAAGGAGAGGGACUUCUUCAUGACACACCUGGAACGCAAAGAGCCACAUCAGAUCAUGAAACUAACUGCCAUUCAAAGACCUUCAGAAGUUCCCUGAGCUAUGUGUCUGCAGAACUGACAUCUGAAGAUAAAGAUAAACAACAUCCAUUAAAGCCGGGGCGAAAAACACAGCACAAAAGUUACACGCACACCAAAACCAAACGGCCACCAUCGCCACAUCACAUCUCAACUAUGACGGUCUACCAGAAAGAUGGAAGCAAAGGUUUUGUGGGCUACCAGGAAGAUGAGCAGCAGGAGAAGAAUGAUGAUGAAGAAGGGAGUAUUGUAUCAUCUGAUCUAAGAUCCAAGUGGUUCCUCUCCACCAACCACCACCAUGAAUUCCUACCCUUGCAUAUCCAAGACAUCAGUUAUGAAGGGAUCCCAGGCAAAGAGGACCAACCUGUUUGUCUUGAUGAUGGCAACGUGAUGUCCUCCACGGUCAGUCAGAGCUUAGAGAAAAUGAAAGAAAACCACUCGCUCUUCUAUAAGAUCGCUUGCGACAUCAGCAUCUCAGACACGGACAUCACCAGGAACGAAUCCUGCAUAUCCCCUCACCUAGAAGACCAAGAGGAGCUGGUCAUCACGGAAUGUGAAGUUGGAAGAAGGUCUGACCAGGAGAGCAAGGACUUUGGCCAAGGGUUGCCAGAUGUAAACCAUCACUCAAACGGCCACAACAUAAAUGAUGCGCUCAAGCUGAGCAUUAAAGAAAGCAGACCUCAGGUCCAGGUCUCGGAAUGUGACCAAGAGGAGAACGGCGGGACCAAAGCGCCAGGCAAGAACAAGGGUGUCAGUCGGAGAGCCUCCUUCCAAAAUGCAAAGGUCACCGUUUUAAGGACCAGCUUGUAGAGAACAACCUUGGAUCAGAAAACUCGGAAUGCUAAAGUAUUGUAUCAAUUCAGCCUUCAAUCCACAUGGCAAUGACGUUAUGACUGCACUGCAACCAUAUUUUUGGGGAACAGGUUCCUUUUUGUUAACCGUGAUGUGACUAAAAACGAGACAACCCGCGCAUAACCAAUUCUACUACGACUUCAAAGAGACUCUGAUUUCUUGUGUGCGUUCGCCAUCGUCUUUCUGUGUUGAUGUGUAGCGCCGGACGACGGACUUUAUAUGCUUCUAUUUUCCUUCUUCUAUAGUACGCGUCCGGUGCCACUGUGUGUUUACAACACCACACGUAGGUGUGGCAUAUGUAUUACAUUGUUUUCUCCCGUCUGGACGGGAUCAUUACGUGAGUAUCGGACACAUAU